AUGGACAUGAAAGAAACAAUCAACGACGUCGCCCUGGCCAUCACCAAGCGCAUUCUCCAACACGACGAAGCCAAGGGUUCCAACGUUGUGAUAUCCCCCUUGUCAAUCUACGUGCUUCUCAGCCUUGUCGCUGCCGGCUCCAAGGGCCCCCCGCUGGAUCAACUUCUGUCCUUCCUCAAAUCAAACUCCAUCGACAACCUCAACGCCUUCGCUUCUCAUAUCAUAGACAAGGUCUUCGCCGAUGCCUCUUCCCGCGGUGGACCUCGCCUUGCGUUUGUCAACGGCGUUUGGAUCAAUCAGUCACUUUCUCUCAAGCCUUCUUUCCAACAUGUUGUGGACAAAUAUUACAAGGCCAUGCUCUGUCAAGUCAAUUUUGAACCGGCUGAUAAAGUGAUUUCGGAAGUGAACUCAUGGGCUGAAAAAAACACGAAUAGAGUAAUUAAAGAGGUUCUUCCCCCUGGAUCAGUGGAUAGUUCCGCUGAGCUCAUCCUUGCAAAUGCACUCUACUUCAAAGGAGCAUGGGAAGAAGCAUUUAAUGCUUCGAAAACAGAGAAGAGCGAUUUCUACCUUGUUGAUGGGAGUUCAGUUGAGGUGCCGUUUAUGACCAGCAAGACGAAGCAAUAUGUAGCUGCCUACGAUGGAUUUAAAGUUCUUGCAUUGCCAUACAAACAAGGAUCUGACGCACCUCACUUUUCUAUGUACUUCUUUCUCCCAGAUACGAAGGAUGGAUUGCCAAGUUUGAUUCAAAAGUUAGAUUCCCAGUCCGAGUUCAUCGACCGUCACCUUCCAUUUAGAAAGCUUAAACUCGAGAGAUUUAAGAUUCCAAAGUUUAAAUUUUCCUUUGGGAUUGAAGUUUCCGAUGUUUUAAAGAAGCUAGGAUUGGUGCUGCCUUUCUCUGAAGGAGGCUUGCUGGAAAUGGUGGAGCCCCCAAUGGCUCAAAAGCUUCGUGUUUCUAAAGUAUUCCACAAGGCGUUUAUUGAGGUUAAUGAAGAAGGCACAGAAGCUGCAGCUUCUUCAGCUGUUGUCGUCACAAAAUAUAGCCUGACUUUAGGUAAAAUCGAGUUCGUUGCCGACCACCCGUUCUUGUAUUUCAUCAGGGAACACAAAUCAGGAACUUUGCUUUUCAUUGGGCAGGUGUUAAACCCUCUUGUCCAUUGAGUAAUACCAAUAGACUGGAGCUAAAGAAUAAACCACCUAAAUAGCUGCAAUAAAAUCUAGUAACACUUACUUAAUGUUGCUAAAGACAUGUUUUAGCGUAUCGUAUGAAUAUUAUAUGUAUUAUCUAUAACAUGUUUUGUGUGAUGUUCUUAAGCUGCUAUUCCUUGUUUUAC